AGGUGAUGUCGUCUGCUAUGAGGCGAACACCCGGUCCAACAGAUACGAUGAGAAGCAGAAAAAGCGACUCCAUAGUUGAUAAACUAACUGGGACAUUGACUCGAAAGAAGAAAACGCAUGAAAAUCCUGAACCCACCGAAGAAGAUGAAGCUCUUGAGGUCGAAAUCGAAGGUAGAGAGUCCAUUGAUGCAUGCCUGGUUCCAGCACUAGCUAAGAAUUUGACACUUGAUGAAGGGGAAAUCCGACGCUAUUUGACGAAAGAAUCUAGCGAAGAUCGUAAAGUACGCGAGCUUAUCUCGCUCCUUGUCUACUGGAUUAAUGAUGAGCUGGCAGAGCAACGGAUUGUUGUCAGAAACCUACAAGAAGACCUUUUCGAUGGUCAGAUUCUUCAGAUUCUUCUGGAGAAGCUUGCUGGUAUCCGCAUGGAGGUCCCGGAAGUGACACAGUCUGAGGAAGGACAGAAGAAAAAGCUGGAGCAAGUUGUUCAAGCAGUCAAUCGAGUCGUAAGCCCAACUGAGCAACCAAAAUGGGAUGCAGAGCUCAUUCAUUCCAAGGACAUCGUCGCUAUCAUGCAAAUUCUCAUCGCAAUGGUUUUGCACUUCAGAGCACCAAUUCGUCUACCGGAACAUGUGUCAGUUAAGAUGCUCGUCGCCUCAAAACAACAAGGUCAUUCCCGAUCGGAGUUUGUAACGGAGCAGCUAACUACCACACAAGGAGAGCUUGGCUUAAAAGGCGAGAGAGAUGCAUUUGAUACACUUUUCGAUUAUGGACCGGAUAAGUUGGCACAUGUGAAGACGUCCCUGUUGGCAUUCUGUAACAAACAUCUCAACAAAAUCAAUCUUGAGGUUACUGAUUUGGAGACACAAUUCCAAGAUGGCGUUUUCCUCGUGCUUCUCAUGGGUCUACUUGAGGGAUACUUUGUACCUUUACAUGCAUUCCACCUGCAGGUGACUUCAUACGAGGAAAAAGUCAAGAAUGUUGGAUUUGCAUUCAAGCUGAUGCAUGACGCUGGUCUACCAAAGCCUCGUAGCCGGAUUCAAGACAUCGCCAACGGUGAUCUGAAGAGUACACUUCGCCUGCUUCAUCUUCUAUUCUCGAAAUACAAGCACGUCUGAGGUGUCGGGGGUGGACAGAGCGGAACUUCCGCACGACCUGCACUGCCUGCUGCUUCCUGCUCCUGCUGUCUGGACGUUCCCUGCUCGUCGCUGACCUCCUGCGACUCCGCUGCCGUAACCGCCAGCCUCGAUUCGCUCGAACUUGCCGUUGCUUCCUCCUCCAUCCACUCCGCCCACCCCGCCGCCGCCCGCAAUUACUGCCAAAUCUCACAAAUUUGCCUGUAUAAUAUUUUACAUUCACUAUUCUUGUAUAUUUGGUGCUUACUUCGUGUUUGGGUGAAAGAACAAGGGCUUGUUUGCGAUGGCAUAUCUUUAGCAUACUCUGAGAUAAUAGUUGAAAAUUCGCAAACAAUCUUUGCCUUUUAUCAUUUUCUUCUCAAAUGAUUAUCUUUUAAGUAGUGAGAAAUUUUUGAACGGUAAUCAAAUCAAGGUCUUAUUUUCAGGUGCAGAUAAUAAAAUUUUUCUC